AUGGCGGAAAACGUUUUUCGCGUUGGAACCUCGCGUCGACCGGUCACCAUGACCACCAGAGAUGGCGGCGAGAAGGUGCGGCUCUCGUUCGAGCGCCUGCAGUACACCGUCAACGUCAAGGGGAGCGGCCUGCCCAAGGCGCUCCUGCAGAACAUCAACGGUGACGUCACCUCCGGUCACGUGCUGGCCAUCCUCGGCCCGUCCGGCGCGGGCAAGACCACGCUCUUGAAUGCGCUGACGCUGCAACAAGCCGGCGGCUCGCCCUCCGGCUACAUCCGCGUCAACGGCGAACCCCUCACCACCGCCAUGUACGACCGAGUCUGCGCCUACGUCGAGCAGUUCGACACCCUCUGGGCAUCCCUCACCGCCAGGGAACACCUCGAGUACGCCAUGGCGCUGCACCGCGGAGACCUCGACGUCACCCAACGCGCCGCCGAGGUGGACAAGCUCCUCCACUCCGUCGGGCUCGAGGAGUUCCAGCACACGCGCGCGGGCAGCGAGAUCAUCCGCGGCCUGUCCUCGGGCAACAAGCGGCGCCUCUCCGUCGCGCUCGCGCUGGUCAAACGGCCGAAGAUUCUGUUCCUGGACGAGCCCACGUCCGGCGUCGAUUCCGCGUCCGCGGUGCGCAUGAUGACCUUCCUCAAGAACGUCGCCAAGGCUCAGAACAUCGCGGUCGUGUGCACCAUCCACCAGCCCCCCGCCUCCGUCUUCGCGGGCUUCGACAACGUCAUGGUGCUCUCCAUGGGCCGGGUGGCGUACUUUGGCAAAGCCGCCAAGAUGAACGCGUACCUCGCCAGCGUCGGCCACGCGCCCACCGCCGAUACCAACCCGGCCGAGUUCAUCCUCGACCUCGUCAACAAAGACUUCACGUCAACCGCCAGCGUCAGGGCGGUGCUCGAUAAGUGGUCCGAAGGUACCGGCGAGGCGUACGGGUGCGAGUUAGAACACGAGGACGGUGCCCCGCUGGCGCUCGCCGAUUUUCAGAGAGCGCCCUUCGCCAAGCAGCUCGCGGUGCUCACCGACAGGAGCGUCGUGGUGGCGAGGCGCGAACCCCUGGCGUACCUCGUGCGACUCAUCGCCAACUUUAACGCGACGCUGUUCUUCGGCAUCAUCUACAUCGAGACCCGAGACAAAGUUCAGGCUCAGAUCAACCCGCGGACCUUCUUCCUCAUGUUCUGCGUCGGUAUUCCCAUGCAGUUCAUCCUGGUGUCCAACUUCAUCUACCACUACCAGUGGCUCAGCCUCAAGAAGGAGGUCAAGGACGGCAUGUAUCACCCCGCCGCGAACGCCAUCGCGAGCUGGAUCGUGCAGAUCCCGAUGAUGUUCAUCCUGGCGUUGUCCUCGCUCAUCCCCAUGUUCGCGGUGGGUGACCUCGCGUGGGAGAGCUUCGGCAUCGUCCUCGUGCUCUACGCGGUCACGUUCUGGGCGUUCGAGGGAUUGGCGCAGGCGUUCUCGUGCUUCCCCAACGUCAUCUACGGCCUGUUCAUGUUCCUCAACAUCUACUUCAUGGCUUUCCUCUUCUGCGGCAUGUUCGUGGACCCGGAGGAUGUGGUUUGGCCCAUCCGCGUCUUCUGCUACUUCUUACCCCUCGGGUGGACUCUGCAGUCCUACAUGUACGGACUCUGGCACCACAUGGACAACCACAAGGGUGUCACCUACUGCACACCCGGCGACGCGCUCCCCCAGGGCGGCGUGUGCACCGCGCAGGGCUUCUACUGCUACAGCGAGGAGGACCCCAGCGGCGCGGUUUGCUACGGCGAGACUGGCGACCAGAUCCUGGAGUCGCUCUCCGUGCAGUUCACCAUCUUCGAGGCUAAGGGCCACUACGCCCGCAACAUCGGCUUCAUCAUCGCCUUUGGAUCGUUGUGCCGCAUCGGGUACGUCGCCGCGGUGUACGUCCUGACCAAGAUGUACGGCGGUCAGACCCCGGCGGAACCCUCGGAUUCCUACGAGGUAUCCGUAGACGGCGAGGACGCCACGUCCGACGGCGACUCCACCGUCCACGGGAGCGAACUCGCAAUCUCCGUCGCCGAGCCCUCCUUCGCGCCCGUAGCCAAGGACGACCCGGACGGCACCACAUUCUGCUUCAAGGACAUCUCCUACUCCAUCCCGGGGAAAAAAGGGGCUCCGGAUAAGCGCGUGCUCGUCGACGUCUCCGCUACGGUUCACGCGGGCGAGGUGCUCGCCAUCGUCGGCCCGUCCGGCGCGGGCAAGACGAUCCUCCUCGAUACCCUCACCUACAGCAAAGGACCGGGCGCGCCCGCGGGGGACAUCACCCUGGACGGGCACAAGAUGAGCAGGAGCGUGUUCGUCGAGCAGGCCAUCUACGUUCCUCGCGAAGAUAACCUGUGGCCCACCAUGACGCCGAGGCAGCACCUCGAGUUUGCGUUUAAGCUCUUCCGACCGACGCUCGACGCGGAGUCGCUCGCGUUGGAGGUGAACGAACUCCUCUCCGUCACCGGCCUCACCUCCUGCCAGGACACCCGCGCCGGCGGCUUCCUCUUCAAGGGUUUGUCAGGGGGCCAGCGCAGGCGCCUCUCGCUCGCGGUGGCGCUCGUCAAGCGACCGAGGGUCAUCAUCCUCGACGAGCCCACGUCGGGUUUGGACUCCGCCGCCGCCGCCGCCAUCGUCUCGCUGCUCGAUAACAUCGCGCGCAAGUGCAAAGCCGCGGUGAUCUGCACGAUUCACCAGCCCAGCGCGCUGGUGUUUGCGGGUUUCCACAAGGUUUUAGUUCUCUCCGAGGGCCGGGUGGCGUUUUGCGGCGAACGCGGCGACAUGGCUCCUUACUUUGAGAAGGUGGGCCAGGCGCUGUCCCACGACGCCAACCCCGCCGAGGCUGUCCUCGACCUCGUCUCCAAGGACGCCACGUCCGAGGAGGCGGUGAAGGAGAUCCUCGACAAGUGGGAGGCUUCCAACGAUUCCAAGAGCCUCGCGCUCAUGUCCAGCGGAGUGGAGGGCAAGGCGCCCCCGUCUCGCCGCGGCUCCGGCGCCGGCGCCGUGGCGUCCACCGCGCAGGUGUUCAAGCGCCAGCUCUCUCUCGCGCUCGUCGACCCGCUUCAGUACACCGGGCGCCUCGCGGCUGUUCCCCCCAUCGUCGCCUUUUUCGGCCUCGUGUACCUAGCGUCGAGGGACGAGAACCAGAAGCAGGUUCCGUUCCGGCUCUUUUACCUGUGGUGGGUCCUGGCCUUACCCGCGUGCAUGAGCAUCUCCACCCUCAUCGGCACCAACAGGGACAACUUCUCGGUGGUGUACGAGAUCCGCGCGGGCAUGUACAAGGCUUGGUCGUACGCGGCUUCCACGUCUUUGGUGCAGGUCCCCGCGCUCUUCUUGCUGGCGAUGUGCAUCAACGUCGCCGCGUUCGCCGUGGGCGGCUGGCCGUGGGAUAACUUCAUAACCUUCUCCCUGACCAUCACCGCGACGCUGAUGUUCUUCGACAACCUGGCGCAGCUCCUCGCGGUGGCGUUCGUCAACCCCGUGCUCGGCAUGCUGGCGUUCCUGGGCGUGUGGUCCUCGUCCAUCAUCUUCUGCGGGCUGGUGUUCCGCGGCGAAGACGUCGUGUGGCCUUUCAGGCUCUUCUACUACCUCAUGCCCCUCAAGUGGACGUUCGGAUCCGCGGGCUACGACCUGUUCAUGCCCAGCACGUUCUCCGGCGCCGAAACGUGCGUCCCCGGCGCCGCCAUCGUCUACGCCGACGGCGUCGCGUCGACGUGCCCGCCCGUCGGGUUUUACUGCGACGGCAUGACGAGCUCGUUCGGGUGUUGGGGCAGGACCGGCGAACAGGUGCUGGACACGCUGCAGAUGUCGUACGAGUCCCUCUCGUCGACGGACCACCGCGGUAGGGACAUCGGGAUCCUCCUCGCGAUGGUCGCCGCGCUCAAGCUGGGGUACAUCUUCAUCCUCACGAAGAAGGUGUCCGCGACGGACUCGCCCCAGAAGCCGGCGAAGGUUUCGCCCAAGCCCGCCAAGUGAUGAGUCGAGUGAUGAUGUUACGAUGGAGUGAGAUGGCCCGCGAUGAAAGCUCAUCGCCGGCAUCGUUGAAUAUGAUACUGUAAUGUACACACGCGCGUUGUCAGCUG